AUGCACGCCGCUUUUUUGUGUCUUGCGAUAUUAGCGUCAGCGCCCUCAGCGAUUGCAAACGAUAGAUUAUCGUCGAUAGGUGGCCCGAUCUUCCGUACUCAGCCGGCGCCCAGUCGUUCUAACGUCCAAAUCAAGGUCACAGAGACUGUUUUGGUGCCACAGCCUGCACUAUGCCAAACUGACGACCAAACCAUGACCACCAAGACUGCAGACAGCGAUCCAAUAACGAACCCACCACAGCAGCAGCUGCACAGUACGCAGUCACUGGAUUACCAAACAAAACCCAACCUCCUAACACGGCCGCCGAUUUUGAACGAGACUGCAGCAGACACAGACUCAUACGCCCAUUAUUGUGACCAAGACGAUGAAUAUGUUGAAGACGACUACAUUCAGUUUUUCUGUUGCAUUCCAAUAAUUUUGUUAAUAAUGUUAGUAUUGUUGGGGCAUUUGAAUCUUCAUUAUUUUUGUACAUCGAGAAUGAAAAAAGACUCAAUGGAAUCAGUUUCUUCACGAACAACCAACUCCUAA